AAAUCCCUGAACUUAUUAUUGUACAUUUUUGACAUCAAUUUGCAACAAAAAUCUGAAAAAAUGAAGGCAAAAAGAUCAAUUUCCUUAACUGAUAUGGAUAAUUAUUACGAAUUGAAUGACGACGAUAAAUACAAAGCCGAAGAAAGAUAUCUUAAAAAGACUAAAGGAGGAAAACAUUCAAAAGCAGAAAAAGCUCAAAAAAGUUUGGCACUCAAGAGGGAAUGGAAAACAAUAGUAAAUGAAGAAACUUUGUUCAACAAUGUUUAA